AUGCCUUCCUAUAUUAUCACGUGCAAGAAAGACGCAGACGACAGCCAGGUUGAGUCCGUCAAGCAACAUGCUAAGGACCAAGGUGGCUCUAUCAUACACGAGUACUCAUUGAUCAAGGGCUUUGCCGUUACCUUCCCCGAGAAUACGGUUCACAGCCUGGACACACACCCUCACGUCGAGAACGUCGAGGCCGACAGUGAAAUGAGAACACAGUAG